GAGGAGGGUUAAGAACAGGGGGAAAAAAUGGAGGGAAAGAGGAGAGGUUACGAAUGGAGUCACAGAGAGAGUGGAUUUCUCACGAAAAUCAAAGAAUUCACUCGAGUUUUGCUCACAGACCUCACUAAUGGACGCUCACCACUCAUUCUCAUCGAUCGCUUCAGAAGCUACUGCGCCGUUCCCAACGCCAACUGCUUUUGUGCCUCAGAUUUGCCGUACGGAAAGGAAGCUCUCACACUCCGCACGAAAUCCCGCGCGCACAGACUAGUUGUCAUGUUGAGGGUGAUGCUGAUUGUUCAGAAACUUUUGCAAGAGAACAAGCAUAGCUCCAAGAGAGACAUUUAUUACACGUAUCCUUCUUUAUUUUUGGAUCAGUCAGUGGUGGACCAAGCAAUUAAUGAUAUAUGUAUUCUAAUGCAGUGCAGUCGCCAUAACCUUAAUGUGGUUUCCGCAGGGAAUGGGUUAACUAUGGGCUGGAUAAGGUUCUCUGAAGGAGAGAGGAAAUUUGACUGCAUUAGUUCUCCCAACAGUGUCCACCCCGUCCCCGUUCAUGUUGAGGAAGUUAAAGAUAUCAUUAGUGUUGCACAAUACAUAUUAGUUGUGGAGAAAGAAUCAGUUUUCCAAAGACUGGCAAACGACCAAUUCUGCAAUGUAAAUCACUGUAUUGUCAUCACUGUAAGCAAUCUUCUGAAGACACUAGUUUCUUUUGGAACAAUAUUUCUUUGUUUGAAUUCUAUCUUUAUACAGGGAAGAGGCUACCCAGAUAUUCCUACAAGAAGGUUUUUGCGGCUUCUGGUAGAGAAUUUGCGCCUGCCUGUUUAUUGCUUGGUAGAUUGUGAUCCCUAUGGCUUUGACAUUCUAACCACUUACAGAUUUGGUUCGAUGCAAAUGGCUUAUGACACGAAACAUCUUCGCGUCCCAGAGAUACGCUGGCUUGGAGCUUUUCCUUCAGAUUCCGAGAGAUAUUUUGUUCCAAAGCAGUGUAUCCUUCCUUUGACUGCUGAGGACAAAAGAAAAGUUGAAGCCAUGUUACUUAGAUGCUACCUUCAAAGGGAGGUACCACAAUGGAGGUUGGAGCUAAAGCUGAUGCUCCAAAAGGGAGUAAAGUUUGAGAUUGAAGCCUUAUCUGCGCACGCACUUUCAUUCUUGUCUGAUUCUUACAUCCCAUCUAAAAUUGAUCAUAAAUUGAUUAUGUAGCAUGUUGUUCUUUCAUGUGUCAAGUUCUAUACUAGCAACUGGAUGAGGGCAUGAUCAGUACAUGCAUUUAUUACAUUUUCUGGAAGAUUAAGGCUCCCUAAACGAUUUAUUGCAGAAAUAUUUAGAAUUGGUUCGAAAUUUUCUUUCGAGAAAGUUUCUAGAACUGUGAACACAGAAUGUUUCUAGAA